GCCACGGUGGAGGUCCGACAUCCUGAUUACGGUUUUCCGGUUUGUAUCUUUCUAUGUAAACACCAGAAGCCAACAUUUAACUACACAGAUUCACUACUCGGUUACGGCUAAAGUCUAAGCUACAAGAGGUUUUACAUGCAACCGUGGAGCUGAGCAGUAAGCGAGCACUUUCUGAGGGAGAGACGACGUUGCCUCUUUUGUCUGCAGGUUCUGCUGACACGUGUCAGGUACAGGUGUCUGUCACCCUCAUACCUUAGUGGACUCCUCUCUCAUGGUGGUCUCAGAUCGAUGGGGAACUGUCUGUUUUCACGAGGGGCGGAUGACCUGUCGCUGCUGAACGAGUCCGAGGGGGGCAGUCUGCCUGGAGAGCCUCCUCCACCAUAUCAGGAGCAUACUCAGCCAGCUCCAGUGUACCAUCCCAACCCAGGUGAGAGUCGUCUGGCUUAUCAGCUGACAGAGGAGGAGCAGGUUCGCAUUGCUCAGCGAAUUGGUCUCAUUCAUCACCUGCCCAGAGGCAUUUUUAACCCAGGCUCUGACCCCUCUGACAAGAAAGUCAAAGAGUGUGUGAUCUGCAUGAUGGACUUUGAGUACAGCGAUCCCAUUCGGUUCUUGCCCUGCCUUCACAUCUACCACGUGGAUUGCAUCGACCCCUGGCUGAUGCGUUCCUUCACCUGCCCCUCCUGCAUGGAGCCGGUGGAUGCAGCCCUGCUAUCCUCUUAUGAAACCAAUUGAGCUACCCCAUGAUGGUGGCUCCUGCCUAAAAGUAAAACUGCAUCUUUCUUAGCCGAAACUAUCCUCACUGUUCAGACAGGUAGCCGAGGGGUGUGGCACUGUGCAGAUGUUUGGAGGGUUUGUUAAGAGGCAGUUAGAUGUUGAAAACAGUGCCGCACAGAGUGUGUUGGUUUGGUUUGAUGUGCACCUAUUUAGGCUUGGGAAACUCUUUGCCUUUUUAUAGUAGGACAAUGUGCCAAAUAAAGGCAGGUGAAGAAUAUUGAAAGCUGUACAUGUAGCACAAUAUUACUUCAAAUUACUUUCACUUUUCUAUGACUGAACUUGUAAUUUCUGAUAAUUUUUGGUAAUCAGAUGCAUGUCAUCAAUGUAAUUUACCCCCCUUCAGGUGUAAUGUGCAAUAUGUUGAAUGUGUGGAGAUCAUGCAGGAGGUCUGCCUUGGUUACAGGGCUUCUUUGUCAGAAAGUUAGUGAAAACAUUAAAUUAAGUUCCUCUUUUUCUAAAUUAACUCAUGGCCUUAAACGUCACAAAACACAGGCCUCUGAACUGAACUGAUACGCAAUCUUAAAAAAAAUAGAAAGAAAUAAUAAUAGUAAAUGAAUAUGUUCUUCUAAACAAAGAUUAGCUUUAUAGUCCCAUGAUGAUCAUGUGUCUACAGAGUGGUGUCACUUUAUUAUUUAAAGAUAUCUGGAGUUUUAAUCUGGUGUUGUUUUCAUCAUGUAGUUAUUGAUGGAGUUUCUUUUCCUUCAAAGCUGCUUUUAUUGAGGUGGAUCCGUUUCUGUUUAUUGCCUUUCCACAAAAUAAGGAUCUUCUCCUUUACUUUGCCUUGAGAUUGAGCCCUCUGUUUUGUUUUAAAAUCAGUGUGUCCUUUUUUACAUUGUUUACCGUCACUGACAUCAACAAAGACAACAUGCGCUGUGCAAUCCCACGUAAAGCACCUUGGAAUACCCCUCCUCUGGCACUCUGUAGCUCGUGGAUUUUAUAGACGAUUGUGAGUCAUGAUGUUGGUAUGUGUGAUUUUUUUUUUUCUUUCUUUCUUUUCGAGGGGAUUGUGGAUGGUUACUCAUGUUGAGGCGACAUAGUCAAUGAACCUUGACAAUUGUAAACCUUUUUGUAGUUACCUCUCUUGGCCUGGUCAAAAAUGCUUUCAUCUUUUGGAUCAUUUCUGAAUGUAAAGCAAUGUUUAGCUUUUAGAGAUUCAGACAGUAAGAAGUGACAUAACUCAGGCUGCUGUGCCUUUUUAGGGUUUGUGGUAAGCCAAUUUCUGUGAAGUACAAUCAUUUCUGACAGUUGAAUUUUAGUCCUCUAGGGGGAGACAGAUACCAGCACUGUUCUGAUUUGUGUCACUCUUUAAUAGGCCUAACAGGACAGGGCCAGACAUUUGCUCUGGCUGCUGUAAACAAUCAUUGUGUGUUUUAAUUUACAAUGUGUGCCACCAGUGCACAGGUUUUAGGAAAAUCAUGAAACCACAAUAAAGUGGAUACCAAAUCUAAAACAA